CCCAAGCCAAAGCAACCAACAUGUCGAGGAAGAACCGCGUAGACAUUGGGGACCUGAAUGCGCCCGCGAAGAAGGCCAAGACGGACUCCUCCUCACUGGGUGGCGAGGAUCCUCCUGCCGUAAACCCUCUGACAGGCGCGUUAUACAGUAACAAGUUUAAGAGCUUGUACGCGAAGCGACGGACGUUGCCGGUCUACCAAUUCCUCAAGGAGAUCCAAGACGACGUGCGCAAGAACCAAGUGGUUGUGGUCGAAGGCGAGACCGGAAGUGGGAAGACUACGCAAAUCCCUCAGUUCUUGGUGCAGGCAGGGUACACAGACAACGGCAAGAUCGUCGCCUGCACGCAGCCGCGUCGGGUGGCGGCGAUGAGCAUUGCCAAGCGCGUGUCAGAAGAGAUGGACGUCGUGCUGGGCCAGCAAGUGGGGUAUACCAUCCGUUUCGAGGACGUGACAAGCGACAAGACGCUGCUGCGCUUCAUGACGGACGGGAUGUUGCUGCAACAUGCAAUGAACGACCCGCUGUUGUCCAAGUACUCUGUGAUCAUCCUCGACGAAGCGCACGACCGCACGUUGAGCACAGACAUCUUGAUGGGGCUUCUCAAGGAAGUGCUGGUCAAGCGCCCGGACUUGAAGGUCGUCGUGAUGAGUGCGACGCUGGACGCACUCAAGUUUCAAACGUACUUCGACAACGCGCCGCUCGUUCGCGUGCCUGGCCGCAUGCAUCACGUGGACGUGUUCUACACCCCCGAGCCGCAGCGCGACUACGUCGAAGCGGCGGUCCGCACCGCCGUGCAAAUCCACUUGUGCGAGCCCGAAGGCGACAUCCUUCUGUUCUUGACGGGUCAGGAAGAAAUCGACACGGCUGUGCGCCAGAUCACCGCCGAGUGCCACGCCCUCGAUCAGUCCAAGGUCGGACCCGUCGAAGUGUACCCUCUCUACUCGACCCUCCCGCCGGCGCAGCAGCAGCGCAUCUUCAAUGCCGCCCCCGCCCCCGCGUUCCCCGGCGGCCCCCCCGGGCGCAAAAUCGUGGUUGCGACAAACAUUGCCGAAACCAGUCUCACUAUCGACGGCAUCGUGUACGUGAUAGACCCAGGCUUCUCCAAGCAAAAGGUGUACAACCCGCGCAUCCGCAUCUCGUCGCUGCUGGUGUCGCCCAUCUCCCGCGCGUCCGCCCAGCAGCGCGCCGGCCGCGCCGGCCGCACCCGCCCAGGCAAGUGCUUUCGCUUGUACACGGAGCGCGCGUUCAAGUCGGACCUACAGGAGCAAACGUACCCCGAGAUUUUGUGCUCGGAGAUGAGCACGGUGGUGCUAACACUCAAGAAACUUGGCAUUGACGACUUGGUGCACUUUGAUUUCAUGGACCCGCCGGCGCCCGAGACGCUCAUGCGCGCGCUGGAAAUGCUCAACUACCUGGGCGCGUUAGACGACGAGGGCGACCUCACCGAACUCGGCGGCCAGAUGGCCAUGCUGCCGGUGGAACCGCAGCUCGCCAAGAUGCUGCUCACGUCGGGAUCGUACAAUUGUGUGAGCGAAGUCGCAACCAUCGCGGCUAUGCUCACGAGCGGGUCCGAGCCAUUUGUUCGCCCGAAAGCCGAAGGCAAAGCCGCGGACGAGGCCAAAUCCCAGUUUGCCCACAUCGACGGCGAUCACUGCACGCUCCUCAAUGUAUUUCAUGCAUACAAACUGAACCAUGAAGACAAGAACUGGACGUAUGAGAAUUACUUGAACUUCCGAGCGCUGCAGUCGGCCAGCAACGUGCGCGAACAACUCCUGCGCAAUAUGCAACGGCUCGGCCUUCAUGCGCGGCAGGGCGACAUGCAAGCAUCCGAUUACUACGAAAACAUCCGGAAAUGUAUCGCCGCUGGCUUCUUCAUGCAAGUAGCGCACAAGCGAAGCACGGGCGGGUAUCUCACGGUCAAGGACAACCAGGAAGUGCACCUGCACCCGAGUUGUGUGCUGGACGACAAGCCCGAGUGGGUGCUUUACAAUGAGUUUGUACUCACAAGCAAAAACUAUAUCCGACUCAACACACGCAUCAAGGGAGAAUGGCUCGUGGAGCUGGCGCCGCAUUACUACGACCUCGAAAACUUUCCCGCGUGUGAAGCCAAGAAGGAACUGGAGGCGCUGUAUCGACGCCUGCACGCCAAGCUACAACGUAAAUAACGAGAGCGACAUACUGUACUUACGGAGAAUGAUUUAUAGUCGUGGUAGCCAAUCAGAUACUAGUAUAUUGUUGCAGGAAAUCAGCUUCGUAUAAUAUAAUAGUGUGAAGCCUAAAUUAG